UGUACAAUGAAUUUGGAUUCAUUUAUUUAUUUGUUGCACCAGUAUUGGGUCGAUACAACCGAUGAGCGACUUAAGGGCUAUGCAAUCAUCGGCGGGGGGCCUGAAAUAUUUGUAUCAAUAAUGAUACCCUGGCUAAUAUUUGUCACUAAAUUGGGUCCAUAUCUCAUGAGAAAUCGUAAACCAUUUGUAUUGCGAGAAAUACUGAUCGCAUAUAACUUGGUAUUAGUCGUAUUGAACGCAUACUUCAUAUACGCUUCACUGAAAUGGUUAGAGUUUGGCCGCAAGUCAUGGAACCCAAGACUACCCCCGAGUAACCAAUGGUCCGAUAAAACCAUCGCAGAGAUACCCGAAAAAGUUGUUUACGGAUAUUCAAAGGUAUUUGAUUUAUUUGAGACCAUAUUCUUUGUGUUGAGAAAAAAGUCAAAUCAGAUCUCAUUUCUUCACGUCUAUCACCACUUUAUGGUUCCGGUUUUAGCCUGGUUAGCCGGUAAACAAUGUCCGCAAACAGUGAUUGGGGAAGUGUUUUGUUUGCUUAACUCUACUGUCCAUACAGUCAUGUAUUUGUAUUACUUAUUGUCGGCAUUUGGACCCCAAAUACAGCCCUAUUUAUGGUGGAAGCGAUAUAUCACACGAUUG